CCAUCAACCAAGCACACAGCUCUCCAAAUUGUCCCACCCCACCACUUCUCCUUUAAAAUCUUCCCCCCACAACCAGGAGCCACAUCUGACUUGCCAUUAAUGCCCUCAAUGAACUCAUCUCACUCACAUGUCUAAACCUCCAAAAUUCAUUUGAAUCAUCCCCAUCUUCCCUCACCUCACCACAUAACCACAAUGGGCAAGAAAAUGAAGCUCAUCCCUUCUCUUCUCAUGAGAAUCACAGAACUUAACAACAAUAACAACAAGUCUUCUUCCUCUUCCUCCUCCUCCUCUUCUUCAUGGCCUUGGCCAUCUUGUCAUCAACAACCCAGAACACUCUCUUUCAGAGCCGUCAAUUCAGCAUACCUGGAUGCCACCAUGGACAUGCUUGAAACCUCAGAGUCCUUCUUCACUGUCUCACCGGAGUCCGCCAGCUUCUCAACCACCGCCGCCGCCUCCGAUGAAUUAGAACAUUCCAGAACAAGAGGAUCAGACUCUGUGGAGACCGUGAUCCGCGGCUUGCGUUCCGCGGACCGCUUGUUCUUCGAGCCGGAAAAGACCAGCUCCAUACUGGAGACUAAAGCAGCCGGAACGGCGACGGCGACCUUGCCACCGUUCAAAGAUAGCGUGGUGCUGUCCGUGGACUCACGAGAUCCUUACGUUGAUUUCAGGAAGUCCAUGGAGGAGAUGGUGGAGGCUCAUGGAGUGAAAGAUUGGGAGCAUCUUCAAGAGCUUUUGUGUUGGUAUUUGAGGGUCAAUGAUAAAACCAACCAUGGAUAUAUUGUUGGUGCUUUUGUUGAUUUGUUGGUUGCUAUUGCAUUUGCCACUUCAUUGUCGACCACUUCAAGUUCAACCUCUACUUCUUCUUCUUCAACUUCCACUUCCCAUUCUCCUUCCUCUCCUUUAUCAUUUUAUAGUUCCAAUUCUGCUUCGUCUUCUUCUUGUAGAACUCGUUGUGUUUCUUGUUUGGAGGAGGUUGAUGCUCCUAGUCCUAGUUCAUCUUUGUUGUUAGAACAAGUUAGGGAGGAGAUUAAUCUGGAAGAUGAGGUUUUGUCUUCGUCUUCAUCUUCAAAUACUUGAUUUAAGGUUAGUAUGUGUUUCGACAAUUGAUUCUAAAGUCAGAGUCAAUUUUGAAAAAAUAAUGUCUAUGAGUAGAUUAUGUAUCUGAGAAUUGUUUAUGAUGAAAGAAAAGUUGAUCUGAAUAUGAUAUUAGCGGGGUUUGUAUGCACACCAAUGAGUGAUAUACAAUCUGUAAUUUUGUGUCAUUUUUUUUUUUCCUUUCACGGGUUCCAAGCUCUCACACUCUGUGUUACACAAUCUGUGUUUCUUUGUGUGUUCAUGGAGUCACACGUGUGGAUGAAAAUGCAACCGUGCGAGGGGGGAAAUUUGAGAUUGUCUAACUUUCUGUAUUUUGACUAUUUUCCAUUUUUCCUUAACUGCUUGUCAAGACAUAGGACUGGAGUUUCCUAUUUUUGUGAUUAAAUAUUAAAUAUAUUGUAAAAUAUCAUGCUUACCAUUUGUGUAAAGUCAUAAAUCUAUUGUCAAUCUAUAUUUA